AUGUUCAGAAGCAGUCUGCGUGUUCUGCACGCUGCUGCCCGGUCACAGGCCCCGCGCCCUGUACGGCGCGCCUUCCACCAGGCGCCUGCCCGCCGUCAGCUUGUCUCAGCUGCCGAGCUUCAGUUCGGUCAGCCUGUCCAUGAGACACAUCCGCACCUGCUCAAGCCGGGCGAGGUGACGCCCGGUAUCUCCGCCCUUGAAUAUGCCGAACGCCGCGAUGCUCUCGCAAAGGCCAUGCCUCCCAACAGCGUAGCCAUUCUUGCUGGAGCCGACACAAAGUACCGCUCUGGCGCCGUAUUCUACGAAUUCCACCAGGACCCCGACUUUUUCUACCUCACCGGCUUCAACGAGCCCGAGGCGUUGGCUGUAAUCGAGAAGACUGGCUCGGGCGAUGACUAUGUCUUCCGUCUCUACGUAAGGCCGAAAGAUGCCCGCGCAGAGAUGUGGGACGGUGCUCGAUCGGGCGUCCAAGCUGCCUUGGAUGUCUUCAAUGCCGACGAGGCUGCGCCUAUCAAAGACAUUGGCAAGAUCAUACCAGAGAUCAUCCGCCGCAACCAGAACGUAUACACAGACCUUCCACGGAAUCUCGACCACAGAUCUGCCAUCACGAGGUAUCUAAGCGGAACAAUGUACACCGGCGACAAUGGCUUCCCCAAAGCCUUGCAGUCUGUGAAGCCGUCUGCAGUGAAGCCCUUGAGGCCGAUCAUGAAUGAUCUUCGCAUGUUCAAGAGUGAAGCCGAGAUUCAGAACAUGCGCAAGGCCGGCCAAGCUUCUGCAAGAACCUUUACUCAUGCCAUGAAGAACGAGUUCAGCACUGAAAGGGAGCUUCAUGCACAUAUGGAUUUCGGUUUCAAGAUGAUGGGCUGUGACGGAAUCGCUUACAUCCCAGUCGUGGCAGGUGGAACAAACGGCCUGAGCAUCCAUUAUGUCAGGAACGACAAUGUCUUAAAUGAUGGAGAAAUGGUCCUCGUAGAUGCUGGAGGCGAAUACGGGGGCUACAUCACCGACAUUACGCGUACCUGGCCAAUCAACGGCAAGUUUACACCGGCCCAGAGAGAUCUCUACGAGGUUGUUCUCAAGGUCCAAAGAAGCUGCGUUUCUCUCUGCAGAGAAGACGCCCAACUUUCGUUGGAUAAGAUUCAUAGCAUAGCCUGUGAAGGCCUCAAGGAUGGUUUGAAGCAGCUGGGCUUUAACAUGUCUGGCAAUGCAUUGGAAACACUUUUCCCUCAUCAUCUGGGCCACUACAUCGGCCUUGAUGUGCAUGACUCACCUGGUUUCCCGCGUAACAAGAAGCUCCAGACUGGACAGUGUGUCACUGUCGAGCCUGGCAUCUAUGUUCCAGAUGACGAAAGAUGGCCCGCCCACUUCCGGGGCAUGGCAAUCCGCAUUGAGGACAGUGUUUGUGUGCAGCCGGAGAGCCCCCUGAUCUUCACGACCGAGGCGGUCAAGGAGGUUAUCGAUAUCGAGUCUCUUGAGCGGACUCGUUGA